AUGGACACCGGGGACCAGUUCGCAUUUGGUCAGAUGAGUUACCCAUACUCAUACACCUCACCGCAAUGCCUUUCAUCAUACCACUCAGCCGUUGGCGACAGGUCUUUUGAGGCUGGCUUUCAAACCCGGGACUUAAUUUACGGGUUACCUGCUCCAUCACCCUGCUUGGCAACUCCCGCGGUCUCUCCCUCUCCUCCACCCUUGCGCCCCAAAUAUUGCGUUAUCGAACCUCGACCCAAGAAAGAUGGUUCCAAAGCCGGGAAGGCUGAUGAGGUUGUACGAACCAAGUCUAGCAAACGUCAGGAAGGUGAAAUGCGCCGAAGUAGCCAACGUCCAAAGAGAAGCAGCGAGCUUAAGCCCACCCAACUAAAGGCCGAUACCAGCUUGGUAUCUCUAACUAAGCCCGGGAGAGAGAGGUUUGGAUUGUCCAUUCAUUUGAUGCUGUCUCAUUUCACGUCUGACCCGAGAACCACAAAAUUCAGUACCGAGCCCUGCAACCAAUAUACGGAUUCCGACUUGUGCUCGAGCAAUCAAGUCCCUACCUUCACUCCUGGACCCAUACCACCUGCAAAUGGCUCUGCAAGCGCAGCGAGGAUCGAAUCGUCAGUUUUGACCAGCGAUGCAUCCGGAGCGCUUGUCGGUGGCCGGCCAACAGAUCACCAAGGCUUACACCAGCCCAUUAUCCAACCAAAUAACAACAGCGAUGGCCAGGCUUGUCAUUUAGGAUAA